CUGCUUUGUGACGUUCUAUACGAGACGCGCCGCCCUGAAAGCCCAGGAUGCUUUGCAUAAUGUUAAGACGCUGAAUGGGAUGUAUCAUCCCAUUCAAAUGAAGCCUGCCGACAGCGAGAAUCGCAAUGAACGUAAACUGUUUGUGGGAAUGCUAAAUAAGAAGCUGAACGAGAACGACGUUCGUAAGCUAUUUGAAGUCCACGGAGCCAUCGAAGAGUGCACCGUCCUCCGGGAUCCAAACGGCCUGAGCAAAGGCUGUGCCUUCGUUACAUUCGCCACCAAACACGCCGCCAUUUCGGCCAUUAAAGUGACUCUCAGCCAGACAAAGAUCAUGGAGGGCUGCACAUCACCGCUGGUGGUCAAGUUCGCCGAUACUCAAAAGGAGAAGGAACAGAAGAAAAUUCAGCAGAUUCAGGCAAAUCUAUGGAAUUUGGCAACCAAUAUAAAUAUACCUUUGGGACAAACAGCUACCACCGUUACCACGCCCAUUCUGCCCAAUCCGCCGCAGCAGGCAUCCCCAGUUUUGGGCGCCGAUGCCAUUACACCGGCAUCCAUACAACUUCUACAGCAAUUGCAGGCCGUGGGAUUGCAGCAACAGUUGCUGCAAGCACUGACUGGUUUGGGAGCCGCACAGCAGGGCAGCUCUUCGGCUGACACAAGUGCCGCAGCUGCCGCCGGUCUAUUGACUCCAAUGACCGUUCAAAAUCUGGCUGCCAUUGCCAUGACGCAGCCAAAUCUCACAAAUGCCGCAGCUGCAGCAGCCGCUGCCACAUCACCGGGAAGUGCCCAAUUGACCAACACUGCCGCUUUGCUCUGGUCCGAUCCAAAUCCAUUGGCAUCGGCAUAUAUGUCAACGGCCGCCGGUUUGCCGCAAUUCGGGAACGCAAGUGCAUUGUCCACCUCGCCACUGGCCAGCGUUGCCCUCAGUGCCGCAGCUGCCGCAGCUGCGGGCAAGCAGAUUGAAGGUGAGUCACUAUAAUAAACAUGCACUGAG